AUGGGCGAUCGUUACAACAUACACAGUCAGUUGGAGCAUCUGCAGUCGAGGUACGUCGGAACCGGCCACGCUGAUACGAACAAGUGGGAAUGGAUGACGCAUCAACACAGAGAUAGUUACGCUUCCUAUAUUGGCCGUCCCGAUCUUUUGAACUUCUUCGCCAUUUCCGAGAACGAAUCAAAAGCCAGAGUUAAAUUUAACUUCCUAGAGAGGAUGUUACAACCGUGUGGACCCCCACCUGAAAGACCAGAAGAAUAA